AUGUGGGCAGCCGGGCUGCUGGCGGCGCUGGGGCUGGGGCUGCUGCUGCUGCUGCUGGCGUCGUGGCGCGCGCUGUGGCCCCACGCGUGGGCCGACGUGGCCUUCGUGGCGCGGGCCGGCUGCUGCGCGGGCCGGCUGCUGCGGCGGCGGCGGGGCGGGCAGGCGCGCAGCCUGGCGCAGCGCUUCGGCCGCCUGUGCCGGGCCCGGCGGCGCCAGGUCUGGCUGCGCUACGAGGAGCGCAGCUUCACCUACGGCCAGGCGGAGCGGGAGAGCAACCGCGUGGCCAACGCGCUGCUGCGGCUGCCGGGCGAGCCGGCGCCGCUCCUGCCCGGCCACACGGUGGCGCUCCUGGUGGGCAACGAGCCCGCCUUCGUCUGGGCCUGGCUCGGCCUCGCCAAGCUGGGCGUCGUGCCCGCCUUCCUGGGCACCGCGCUCCGCCGAGGGGCGCUCCUGCACUGCCUGCGCGCCUGCGGGGCCCGGGCCGUCCUGGUGGGCCACGACCUGUUUGAAGCUGUGGAACCCAUCCUUCACAGUUUGGAGGAACUGGGUGUCGCGGUUUGGGUGAUGGGCAAGGGACCCUAUCCUCCUGGCGUGACCGGCCUUCAGGAGCUCUUGGAGGAAGCCUCAGAAGAGCCGGUGCCCUACGACCUCUCCACCCCAGGCAGCUUGUCGGACACCUGUCUCUACAUCUUCACCUCCGGGACCACAGGGCUUCCCAAAGCGGCUCGCAUCAGCCACCUGAAAACCAUCCUGUGCUUGGGAUUUUACAACCUGGUGGGGGCUUCCAGCUCGGACGUGAUCUACAUAGCACUGCCCCUCUACCACAUGUCGGGGUGUCUCUUGGGUGUCGUUGGCUCUUUGGGCAUAGGUGCCACUUGCGUGCUGAAGAAGAAAUUCUCCGCCAGCCAGUUCUGGCCCGACUGCCAGCGCUACGGGGUGACGGUCUUCCAGUACAUCGGAGAGUUGUGUCGCUACCUUGUCAACCAGCCCCAGGGCCCUGGGGACCGGAAGCACGGCUUGCGCAUGGCCGUGGGCAGCGGCCUGCGGCCCGACGUCUGGCGUGAGUUUUUGCGCCGCUUCGGGGACCUGCGCGUGGUGGAGACCUACGGCAUGACGGAAGGCAGCGUCAGCUUCUUCAACUACACGGGCACGGUGGGGGCCGUGGGGCGUUCCUCGUGGAUUUACAAGCUCUUCAGUCCCUUCGAGCUGGUCCGUUACGACGCGCUCCAGGGGGCUGUUCUAAGGGACGAGUUGGGACGGUGCCAGCGUGUAGGGCCAGGAGAGCCGGGCCUUCUGAUCGCGCCGGUGACGCAAAAGACGCCGUUCCUGGGAUACGCCGGAGGACGCGAGCUGUCGGAGUCCAAACUCUUGCGUGGAGUCUUUGCUGAUGGGGACACCUAUUUCAACAGUGGCGAUUUGAUGGUACAGGACAGCCGAGGGUUUGUCAGUUUCUGGGACCGCAUCGGCGACACCUUCCGAUGGAAGGGGGAGAACGUGGCCACGACGGAAGUGGCUGAGAUCCUCGGCAGCCUGGAGAACCUGCAGGAGGCCACUGUCUAUGGUGUCGCGGUUCCAGGACAUGAAGGCCGUGCAGGGAUGGCUACCGUGGUUCUGCGACCCGAGCGAGAGUUUGACGGAGCCCAGGUCUACGCGCACGUGGUGGAGUUGCUGCCCCCUUAUGCCCGCCCUCGCUUCCUACGCAUUCAGGACCACCUGGAGGUGACGGAGACCUUCAAACAGAAGAAGGUCCGCCUGGCGUCCGAAGGAUUCGACCCCGCGCAGAUUCCAGAUCCCCUCUUCUUCCUGGACGAUGCCUCUAAGACGUACGUGCCUCUGAACCGUCACAUCUGGGAGGGGAUAGUCGCUGGCGACGUCCGGUUAUAACGUGCGCACGCCCUCGCCCCGUACGUCUCCACAUCCCAGCGUGCCGUGCUCUGGGCAGGAGGGAGCGGUGCAUGCUGGGAAAUCCUGGUCUCUGCCGUCGGUGUGCCAGCCUUAAAGGCCCCCGUGCUUCUCUUGCUUGACGCCCCCUCCGACAGAUGGCAGGGCCCGGCUGGGUGUUCUCACUGGGGGCGCAUCGCCGUCUUGCACUGGUGUCUCGACAUAAUUCCCAGCCCAUCCGUCCAGAUCAUGUAAAGCUAAAAGCCUCGUUUGGUGCGUGGUGCAUAUAAGUGCCCGAAGGGCUGCAUUUGACUGGUUCCCUAGAGCAGGACUGCAGAAGCAAUUCCGGCCCUCCAAUUCUGGUUUCGUCCCUCUCUCCCAGUUUUUGUGCAUUUCCCCCCCAUCGUAAAAGGUCGAAAAGCCUCUCCCAAGCCUCAGUUACGGGCCGUAAGAGCCGUAGGCAAAAAUAAGUUGGCGUUUUGGACCCUGGACCUUUUUCUUCGGCCGGGCCCAGCGUUGCCCCCCCCCCCCCCCAAGAUGGAUUUUGGCACUUGGGAGCGCAAAGCAGUUCCGUGGCCUGGGCUGGACUUUUGCACCUUGCUGAAGGUACAUUAGAUGCCAAUUCAUUGAUCCGGAUUCCUCUCCGUGCUUCUUCGGUCCGUGUAGAGGGGAUAUGAGCGCUCUUCGGGGGGAUUGUGAGUUUGUUUGGGGGACCGGAAGUGUCUGGUGGGGGCGGUCGCAGCCAAUUGUCUUCUGAGCUGGGUGGCUCAACUGGAUUGAGCUGGCGUUCCAGUGUCAACACUGACUCCCCGUAGCAUUCAAGCGACCGGUUUGCAUUCCAAAAAGCCCUGAGCAGGGCUUGCACGCCCUUUGCCUUACUUCCGUCCCGUGGUCACAUCUUCAAUUUCAGGGUUGCCGAUUCCAGGUUCAAAGGAUCUGCUUUGACAUCUGAAGUUUGCCAGGCCCAAAACAGUGACUUUGGGGGCGGGGGGCGGAGCUAUGUGCAAAAUGGUGGCUCUUGGGGGUGGAGCCAGCAACCGACUCCGCCCCCUGAGCUGGACAGCUGAGUAGGACCUUCACCUACGCAUUUAAACUGAAGCUACUUCAGAACUGGCCAUCAGAACUGGUGAAAGGCAACCAGUUAACACACCCAUUUUACAGGCAAGGAACACUGAGCUUGAGCGAUCAGCAAUUAGCACAAGGCCAGCCGUGGCGAAUAAGGUAAUUUGCAAUUUUACUUGCUCUUGUUUAGGCUAGUGGGAGCCAGAAGUUCUGCUCAAUCUACUAUGAGCCAUCCUAAAUCUUAACAGUAGACGCUAAAUCUUAACGAAAACUCCUGUCUUCAUAUAACCUAGGUUGUCCUCUUCGUACGUUACAAUUUACCUUGCUGGGUAAAUCGCGAAGGUCUGGAGAAGAAGGCUGUCAAGGCCUACUAGUCCUGAUGGCUGUGUAUUACUUCCAGUAUCAGAGGCAGUAAACUGGGGAGCGUGAGCAGAAGGGUGCUGUUGCACCGUGUCCUGCUUGUGAGUGCCUGGUUGACAGCUGGUGAGCCCCUGUGCAAACAGAGUCCUGGACUAGACGGACCCUUGGUCUGAUCCAGCAGGGCGUUUCUUACAUUCAUCUAGGCCAGUGUUCCGCAGUCGGUAGCCCCUCCAGGUGUUUCGGCGUACAGAUCCCAGCAUUCCUGACCAUUGGCCAUGCUGGCUGUGGCUGAUGGGAGUUGAGAUCCAAAACGUCUGGGGGGGAAUGCAGAGAGGCG